ACCGAGGAAGGAGCAGCGCCGGGGGCCCCCCCGACGGCACUUGAUGGAGCUGGGUUGCUGAAUGCUGCAGCCGCGGGCCGGCGUCUGACUGCCGGGCUGAGUCCUGAGUCGCCUCCUGUCAGCCUCAGCCGGGCCUGGGUCCUGGGACCCGGCGUUCUGGUCGCCCAGCCAUGGAGCGGUGCAGCCGCUGCCACCGCCUCCUCCUGAUCCUACCUCUGGUGAUGGCGCUGAGCACUGCCCCGGGGUGGGCAGGUGCACCCUCUGUGGAUGUGCUGAGGGCCCUGCGGUUCCCUUCCCUCCCUGAUGGUGUCCGGAGAACAAGAGGCAUCUGUCCAGCAGAUGCAGCCUACCGAAUAUCUCGACCUGCCCAGCUCAGUGCACCUACCCGCCAGCUCUUCCCAGGGGGCUUUCCCAAAGACUUCUCUCUGCUGACGGUAGUGAGGACCCGCCCUGGUCUUCAGGCUCCCCUCCUGACUCUGUACAGUGCCCAGGGUGUUCAACAACUGGGCCUAGAGCUUGGCAGACCUGUUCGCUUCCUGUAUGAAGACCAGACUGGACGGCCUCAACCCCCAGCACAGCCAGUCUUCCGAGGCCUCAGUCUAGCAGAUGGCAAGUGGCACCGUGUGGCUCUGGCUGUAAAGGGCCAGUCUGUCACUCUUAUCGUGGACUGUAAGAAGCGUGUCACCAGGCCUCUUCCUCGAAGUGCUCGUCCAGUACUGGACACACGCGGAGUGGUCAUCUUUGGUGCCCGUAUUCUAGAUGAAGAAGUCUUUGAGGGUGAUGUCCAGGAGCUUGCCAUUGUUCCGGGUGUCCAAGCUGCCUAUGAAUCCUGUGAACAGAAAGAUCUGGAAUGUGAGGAGAGGCCGAGGGACAGGCCUCAGAAACAACAGUCUCACAGAGCUCAGCGAUCUCCAAAGCAGCAACCAUCAAGACUCCACAGGCCACAAAACCAGGAACCUCAGCGACAGUCCCAGCCCUCUGAGUCUCUCUACUAUGACUACGAGCCCCCUUCUUAUGAUGUGAUGACUACGGGGACGACCCCGGAUUAUCAGGACCCCACCCCAGGUGAAGAGGAAGGCCUUCUGGAAUCAAGCCCCUUGCCACUUCCUGAGGAGGAACACCCAGAUUUUCAGGCCACCCCCACAGCCGACAGGUUCCAGGCAGAGGAGUAUGGGGAGGGUGGCACAGACACCCCAGCAGGGCUCUACGAUUACACCUAUGCCUAUGGGGACGAUUAUCAUGAGGAGACGGAGCUUGGCCCUGCCCUUUCUGCGGAGAAAGCCCACUCAGGAGCCGCUGCCCAUGGACCCCGGGGGCUGAAGGGAGAGAAAGGAGAGCCUGCAGUCAUGGAACCUGGCAUGUUCGUGGAGGGGCCCCCUGGCCCAGAAGGCCCUGCGGGAUUGACUGGUCCUCCUGGCGUCCAGGGGAACCCAGGCCCAGUUGGCGACCCUGGCGAGAGGGGCCCCCCUGGGCGAGCAGGGCUCCCCGGAUCAGAUGGAGCCCCAGGCCCUCCAGGCACAUUGCUUAUGCUCCCAUUCCGAUUUGGCAGCAGUGCGGGUGAGAAGGGUCCCGUGGUGGCGGCCCAGGAGGCCCAGGCCCAGGCGAUUCUGCAGCAAGCACGGCUGGCGCUCCGUGGCCCCCCUGGCCCCAUGGGAUACACAGGCCGCCCUGGACCCUUGGGACAGCCUGGGAGCCCUGGCCUGAAAGGAGAGUCUGGAGACCUAGGACCGCAGGGCCCCCGAGGACCCCAGGGCCUCACAGGUCCACCUGGCAAAGCCGGCCGAAGGGGCCGAGCCGGUGCUGAUGGAGCCCGAGGGAUGCCUGGAGAACCUGGAGUAAAGGGUGACCGAGGUUUUGAUGGGCUUCCAGGAUUACCUGGAGAGAAAGGACACAGGGGUGAUACUGGUGCCCAGGGUCUCCCUGGUCCACCUGGUGAGGAUGGAGAACGGGGAGAUGACGGGGAGAUUGGGCCUCGGGGGCUGCCUGGAGAGUCGGGACCUCGAGGACUCCUUGGUCCCAAAGGCCCCCCUGGCAUUCCUGGGCCUCCGGGAGUCCGAGGCAUGGAUGGUCCGCAUGGCCCUAAAGGGAGCUUGGGACCCCAGGGAGAGCCAGGCCCCCCUGGACAACAGGGCACCCCUGGGACCCAGGGCCUCCCCGGUCCUCAGGGCGCCAUUGGCCCCCAUGGAGAGAAGGGUCCUCGAGGGAAACCAGGACUCCCUGGCAUGCCUGGCUCAGAUGGGCCCCCGGGUCAUCCUGGGAAGGAAGGUCCUCCUGGAACCAAAGGGAACCAGGGCCCAUCUGGACCUCAGGGUCCUCUAGGAUACCCAGGACCUCGAGGUGUCAAGGGUGUCGAUGGAAUUCGGGGCCUGAAGGGUCAUAAGGGUGAAAAGGGCGAAGAUGGCUUUCCUGGCUUCAAAGGUGACAUAGGCGUCAAAGGAGACAGGGGCGAGGUUGGAGUGCCUGGUUCUAGGGGAGAGGAUGGUCCCGAGGGACCAAAGGGACGCACUGGACCCACCGGAGACCCUGGGCCCCCGGGGAUCCUGGGCGAGAAGGGCAAGCUGGGUGUUCCUGGUCUGCCUGGCUACCCUGGACGACAGGGUCCCAAGGGGUCCUUGGGAUUUCCUGGUUUUCCUGGAGCCAGCGGCGAAAAGGGAGCCCGGGGCCUGUCAGGAAAAGCAGGGCCUCGGGGAGAACGGGGCCCCACGGGUCCCCGGGGUCAGCGGGGCCCCCGAGGAGCUACUGGGAAGUCUGGAGCUAAGGGGACAUCGGGUGGUGAUGGCCCCCACGGCCCCCCUGGAGAGAGGGGUCUCCCUGGACCUCAGGGCCCCAAUGGAUUUCCUGGCCCCAAAGGACCCCCCGGCCCCCCUGGGAAAGACGGGCUGCCGGGCCACCCGGGCCAGAGAGGAGAAGUGGGUUUCCAAGGAAAGACGGGUCCCCCAGGACCUCCCGGAGUGGUGGGACCUCAGGGAACAGCAGGAGAAAGUGGCCCCAUGGGAGAAAGAGGUCACCCUGGCCCCCCAGGGCCUCCUGGAGAACAGGGACUGCCUGGCACAGCCGGAAAAGAAGGAACAAAGGGUGAUCCUGGGCCCCCAGGGGCCCCAGGGAAGGAUGGUCCUGCUGGUCUGAGAGGUUUUCCAGGAGAGAGAGGCCUCCCAGGCACUGCUGGUGGAUCCGGUUUGAAGGGGAAUGAAGGUCCGGCUGGCCCACCUGGCCCUGCAGGCUCCCCUGGAGAGCGAGGUGCAGCAGGAUCAGGGGGACCUAUUGGUCCCCCAGGACGCCCAGGCCCACAAGGUCCUCCUGGAGCAGCAGGAGAGAAAGGUGUCCCGGGUGAAAAGGGUCCUAUGGGUCCAACUGGCCGUGAUGGGGUGCAGGGUCCUGUGGGGCUUCCUGGUCCUGCUGGACCCCCAGGUGGAGCUGGAGAGGAUGGAGACAAGGGUGAAGUGGGAGAUCCUGGACAGAAGGGCACCAAAGGGAACAAGGGUGAACACGGCCCUCCUGGGCCUCCUGGACCCAUUGGUCCUGUGGGACAGCCUGGAGCAGCCGGAGCAGAUGGGGAGCCUGGAGCUCGGGGGCCCCAAGGACACUUUGGCGCCAAAGGUGAUGAAGGCACAAGAGGAUUCAAUGGGCCUCCGGGACCCAUUGGCCUCCAGGGUUUGCCAGGUCCCUCCGGAGAGAAGGGAGAAACAGGAGAUGUGGGUCCUAUGGGACCACCUGGUCCCCCGGGACCUCGAGGCCCAGCCGGACCCAAUGGAGCCGAUGGCCCCCAAGGUCCUCCCGGAGGUGUUGGAAACCUGGGUCCUCCUGGAGAGAAGGGGGAUCCUGGAGACUCAGGGUCUCCAGGGGUCCAGGGUGAACCAGGAGCCAAGGGUCCACGUGGGGAGCGCGGAGAGAAAGGAGAGGCGGGGCAAGCGGGAGAAGCAGGACCACCGGGGCCUAAGGGCCCCACGGGUGAUGAUGGCCCCAAAGGGAACCCUGGUCCGGUUGGUUUUCCUGGUGACCCUGGCCCUCCUGGAGAAGGUGGCCCUCGGGGUCAAGAUGGUGCUAAGGGUGACCGAGGAGAAGAUGGCGAGCCAGGACAGCCUGGCUCCCCUGGUCCCACUGGAGAGAACGGACCCCCUGGACCACUUGGAAAGCGGGGUCCUGCUGGCACACCUGGUCCAGAGGGGCGACAAGGAGAGAAAGGAGCCAAGGGAGAUCCUGGUGCGGUGGGCGCUCCGGGGAAGACCGGCCCCGUGGGUCCUGCAGGCCCCGCAGGAAAGCCUGGCCCCGAUGGGCUGAGGGGGCUCCCAGGCUCAGUGGGUCAGCAAGGCCGUCCUGGGGCCACAGGCCAGGCUGGGCCCCCAGGUCCUGUGGGACCCCCGGGGCUUCCUGGUCUCCGAGGUGACGCCGGAGCCAAGGGAGAAAAGGGUCAUCCUGGUCUCAUUGGACUGAUCGGGCCCACGGGAGAGCAAGGAGAGAAGGGUGAUCGGGGACUUCCUGGACCCCAGGGCUCCCCUGGACAGAAGGGAGAGACGGGAAUCCCAGGAGUCGGCCCCAUCGGCCCUGGAGGGCCCCCUGGCCACCCUGGACCCGCUGGCCCCAAAGGAGCCAAAGGAGCCACCGGCCCAGCUGGACCCAAGGGAGAGAAGGGCGUUCAGGGUCCUCCAGGACACCCGGGACCCCCGGGUGAGGUGAUCCAGCCGCUGCCCAUCCAGAUGCCCAAGAAGACUCGCCGCUCAGUGGACGGGAGCCGCGUCAUGCAGGAGGACGAGCCCGUGCCGGCUGGAGGUGCCCCGGGCAGUCCCGCGGGGCUGGAGGAGAUCUUUGGCUCCCUGGACUCUCUGAGGGAAGAAAUUGAGCAAAUGAGGCGUCCAACGGGGACGCAGGACAGCCCCGCCCGCACCUGCCAGGACCUGAAGCUCUGCCACCCGGAACUGCCCGACGGAGAAUACUGGGUGGAUCCCAACCAGGGCUGUGCCCGGGAUGCUUUCCGGGUUUUCUGCAACUUUACUGCAGGAGGGGAGACGUGUGUGACGCCCAGGGAUGAUGUCACGCAGUUCUCCUACGUGGACUCAGAGGGCUCCCCGGUGGGCGUGGUCCAGCUCACCUUCCUGCGCCUGCUCAGUGUCUCGGCCCACCAGGACGUCUCCUACCCCUGCUCUGGAGUAGCCCGUGACGGUCCCCUGAGACUCCGGGGGGCCAAUGAAGACGAACUGAGCCCCGAGACCAGCCCCUAUGUCAAGGAAUUCAGAGAUGGAUGCCAGACGCAGCAGGGCCGGACGGUGCUGGAGGUGCGCACGCCUGUGCUGGAGCAGCUGCCCGUGCUGGACGCUUCCUUCUCAGACCUGGGAGCCCCGGCCAGGCGGGGAGGGGUGCUGCUGGGACCUGUUUGUUUCAUGGGCUAGGACCUCUUCUGUCUGACCCUGUCUGUCAGAACUAGGCCAACCUGGAGCCGCACAGCGUCGGCCCUGUGCCAUCUCCCUCGAGGGCUCCUCACCAUCUAGGGGGCCUUGGGCCAGGGCAUCAUGAGCCCCCAGUCACGAGCAGUCGGGAGGGGCUGGAUCGGGGGUACAGGGACACACACCAGGGGAGGGGUGGCAUCUUGGACUCCCAGCCCGCCGGGCCUGGAGCCUUUGACCCGUUCAAGAACUGAGAUCCUUAUUUAAAACUCACCUUCCAGUCCCCCCGCCUGCCCCAAAACAAGUGGAAGAGAAAGGAUACUGUGUACUUUGUAUUUAAAAGUAACUAUAUUAAUUAUUUAAAGAGUGGAAAAAGCAAAUACCAGAGAAAUGUCAACAAAUCCCAGCCAAGGUUGGAGACAAACUCUCCCAGGGUGGCUCCAGGGGCCCCCUAUCCUGGCCUCAGGGUUCUCUUCAGUGACUAUGUGGGCACACCACACCUGGGGCCCCCACUGUGAAUGCUGACAAAAUGGCCGCCGUUGCCUUGGGGCUUUGGAUCUCUCUGCAGGGUGAGGCUCUCUCAGCCCUACCUACUAGGGUUGGCCCCUGGUCACCUGCCUGCUGUCCUCUUUCCUUGCUCUGGGUCUGGCAGGACCCGGGUGCGACUUGAGGACGAGGGAAGAGACGGAUGAAUGAGGGGUUGUGCAGGACCCGUAUACAGCAGAUUGUUGAUACACUCAAAUUCUCCCGUAUUGGCUGGUAAACCACCAUGGCCCUGAGCCUCGAGUGUCUCGUGGCUAUCCUGGCUACACCAGUCCCUCCCUGGGCACCCACUCACCUUGACUCUGUAAUUGGAAGAUGUCUAGCCGAUGGAUGGAAGGCACUCCCCGGACCCCGUCUAGCCCUAUGCCCAGCGUCCAUUCUGACUGAUGGUUAAAUAAUGUGAUUGUCUCCUCCCUGG